AUGGCGCCGUCGUCCUUUGCGGAGCUCUGCUUUUCAUUUCUGCUGCCGUUGUUGCUGCUUGGCAAUCCGGUCAGAGCGGUGCCGACAUUGGAAGCCGACGAAGGCCACUGGGUCGACACAUGGACAUCGAUGCCCCAGCUGGUAGAGCAGAGCAACAUGCCCCCGUCUGCCUUUACCGGUGGCGGCGCAACCUUCAAGGACGCCACGAUCCGCCAGACAGUGCACAUCUCCAUCGGCGCGCCACGGAUCCGUGUGCAGCUCUCCAACACAUUUGGUGGUAGCGACCUGUCCAUCACCUCGGCGUCCGUCGCUCUGCCAGAGGGCGGCAAAGUCGGCUCCAAUGCCAUCGACCCGGCCACUUUGGCAGCCUUGACCUUUGGCGGCAAACCGGGCGUCAACGUCCCCAAGGGACAGAUCGCCUAUUCGGACCCCAUCGACUACAAAGUCGACCCACAGUCCAUGCUGUCCGUCAACCUCUAUCUCCAGGGCGGCCAGUCUGGAAGCAGCAUUACCGGCCAUCCGGGCAGCCGCACGUCGACCUGGAUGCAGUCGGGCGAGCACCUCAACGCCACCACCGUCACCGGCGCCAGCACCAAGCACUGGUACUAUGUCAACGCCGUCGAGGCCUGGGCGCCGGCCAACACGAGCGCCCUCAUCAUCCUCGGUGACAGCAUCACCGACGGCCGUGGCAGCACCGACGAUGCCAACAACCGCUGGCCCGACCUGGUGCUCGCCAAGCUGCAAAAGGCCGGCAUCACCAACCUGGGCGUCAACAACGAGGCCGCCGGCGGUAACUGCGUCCUGAACGGCGGCCUCGGCCCUCCGCUGAUGCAGCGUUACAAGCGUGACGCGCUGCAGCAGCAGGGCGUCAAGUACGUCUUCAUCUUUGAGGGCGUCAACGACAUUGGCGCCAACGCCAACGGGGACUCGCUCAUCAGUGCCUUCAAGACCAUCAUUGCCGACUGCAAGGCCGCCGGUCUCAAGGUGUACGGCGCCACCAUCACACCGUUUGGCGGCAACAGCUAUGCGGGCGGCAACCAUGAGGCGAACCGCAAGAAGGUCAACGACUGGAUCCUGACGAGCGGCGCCUACGACGGUACCGUUGACUUUGCCAAACUGCUUGCGGACCCGUCGAGCCCUGACCGGUUGGCGAGCAAGUACGACAGCGGCGACCACCUGCAUCCCAACGUGGCUGGCUACCAGCACCUGGCCGACAACUUCCCGGUGGACCAAUUCAAAUGA